AUGCUCACUCCGCACAGAAAACGCGUAUGUGAUGACAUCAGCAACGGCGAAGCCCAGCCAUCGAUAAGCUACGUCAGUGAUCAGCAGCAGCAAGACAUCGAAGAGGUUGACGAUGUAGGAAUUGAAGAAGAAGCGGAAGCGUGCAUGGAUACGUACCGAGCAUUGAUGGAGAAAGGGAAGCUCUCGUUUUCGGAAAAUCAAAUGCUUGGAGAGCUUCAUAGUGCUCUGAGCGAUUACUAUCUAAGGGAUCCCCAAAAGUUUGAUGCACAGUUUAACACAGUCAACGGCCAGCUCCAGUCAGACGAUCAAGAAAAGACUGCGAGUACCCCAGCCAUGAACUCUUGUCAUAGUAGCCAUUUUGACCAAGGAGUCAGUGAGGACCCAUGGCGUCAAGGUAGCCCUGAAGCUACUGGAGAUCUUCAGAAUUCGCCGUUUCUUUCAGAUGAGAUAGGCCGCGAGAGGCCUGUGGGGAUGAGUGAUUCCGAAUUAGAAAGGGAUUCCACGGAGAAGAAUAAUCCUGCCGAUCCGUCUUCGAUGGGAAAAGAGCUUGGUGCGGCGGGCUCAUCUCGCCAACGUAGCAACCAUUUAGAAAGUCGCACCGAUAAUGCUACUCCUGACAAUGGGUCUCUAGUCAGCCUAUGUCCAGUCAGCCAUAGCGCAUCAGAGUCGGCAUCCAACCGAGCCACCACUAACAAUGAACUAGUAGAUGGGUGGGGAAGCUUACGCCGAUCGACGUUCGUGAUCAUCCAAUGUGGACCGCAUCACGCAGCCAAGUAUCGAUUCGAGUACCGGUUGAACUAUAAAAACAACUCUCUGGCUAGCAUCUCGGAUCGCACCAAGCGAAUCUCUGCCCUGGAAGAUAUAGACAGCUCUGAUGGUCCGAUGUGGCGGUAUACGUCCGAGAACGUAAAGGACGUGGAUGGGGUGGUUGCAGAAGCACGCAAUCCAUGUAAAGAUUACGAGACCGACCCAUGCAUGUGGUUGAAAGUUUAUUGGGAGAAUCUGAAGCUCGAUGAUCAGGAAAAUCUAAUUGGUGGUUACUCUUGGAUUCCAAGAUGGGAAUUUACCCGAUUCUGGGGUGGCCGCCGCUUAUCGAUGCUAAGGAUACGAGAGCUUUGGGACGAGCAAGAAAAGCGGCACCAAAAGCAUCUAGAAAGCAGUGGUCAAAUCGCAAAGGGCCACCCUCUUGCUCCUUAUCAGCACUUGCUAAAAGCGUAUGGACUAGUAUGCAUUCAGGACGAAUGA